AUGAGUUUGAUGGACAUUUCCAAGAUCUUCUCCCUGCUGCAGCCCAAGGAGGAGGACGAGGACGGCGAGCAGUGCCAGGCCUUGAACAACGCCGUGAGCGGCGACGACGUGGCCCUGCUCUCCCAGCUGCUGUCCCAGGAGGCCUACAGAAAGUCCAUCAACGCCCGCAGCGGGUGGGGGGUCCCGGUGACCCCCCUGCGCACCGCCGCCGCUCUGGGACACCUGAGGUGCCUGGAGCUGUUGUUGGAGCACGGCGCCGAGAUUGACAGUCUGGACGUGAAGGCCCAGACGCCGCUCUUCACCGCCGUCAGCGGGAAACAUCUGGACUGCGUGGUGGCCCUGCUGAAGGCCGGCGCCGACCCCAACGGCAGCCAGUACAACAACUGCUCCCCGGUGCUGACGGCGGCGCGGGAGGGCGACGUGGACGUGCUGCGCGAGCUGCUGCGCUUCGGCGCCGAGGUGGACGUCAGGCCCAAGGUCCCCGAGUGGGCCUCCAACGCCACGGCCUGCCGGGGGCCGCUCUACAUCUCGGCUGUGUACGGACACCUGGACUGCUUCAAGCUGCUGCUGCUGCACGGCGCCAACCCCAACUACAACUGCACCGACCACAAGAUGCUGGCCAGGAUCAAGCAGCCCAAGACGGUGCUGGAGGUGUGCCUGCGCUACGGCUGCGGCGUGGAGUACAUUCAGCUGCUCAUCGAUUUCGGCGCAGACGUGUACCUGCCCACGCUCAUCAUUGACAAGACGACAAAGCAGAACGAAGCCCUGCUGCUGCUGCUCAAGGAAAGAGUUUGUCCCAAGACGCUGAUGUCUCAGACCCGACUGGCGAUCCGGGGAUUCCUCCCGUCUGCAGAUAAGGAGCCUGCGAUUAACAGACUGGACGUCCCGCUGAUCCUGAGGAACUACUUGAAGCACGACACCUCGGAACUCAUGUCGACCUGA